AUGGCGCCCGCUCGCGCGAAGCGGGCCAGAGCGCCUGAGCGCCUCGAUGACGGCAAGCGUGUCCACCUCGGCUGCUUCGCCACCGCCGAAGAGGCGGCCGUCGCCUACGCUCGCUCGGAGUACGGCCGCGCCGACGCCGCCAAGCUGCUGCAGCCCCGCUCUGCUCCCACUGCCGCUAGCGCCGAGGCAGUCCGGCAGGCGGAGAGGGAGGACCUGACUCUCACCGCCAGCAGCGACAGCAACAGCGGAUACAAAGGCAUCCGCUACUGCCCGAAGCGAGGCAGCAAGAAGUACCAGCUUGAGGUGACGAGUGGCGGCAAGCAAGCGGAGAGGGAGGGUCUGGCCCUGGCUACGAGCAGCGGCAGCAACACCGGAUACAAGGGCGUGUACUUCUACCCGAAGCAGAAAGGCAGCAAGAAGUACCAGCUGUCGGUGUGGGUUGGCGGCAGGCAAGUCUUCCUCGGCCUCUUCGCCACCGCCGAGGAGGCGGCGCUGGCGCGUGCGCGGCACCUAUGGGAGACGACCGUCCGCCUGCUCGAGCCACAGCCGCAGCAAGCACCGCCGCAAGGCGCAGCAGGGCCGUCCGAGGCCAGCAGCUACGAGGAGGAGGACGGCUUCGACCCGGCGGACAUUGCUGACGCCGUGGCUAACUCGCUGCUCUCCGACCCGCCGCCUUCCGCGAGCGAGCAGAGGGCGGCGAGGCGGCAGGCGGCGGCUUCGGCAGCAGCAGAGGAGGAGGCCUUCCAGUGCGUCAUUUGCUUGGACGACCUAAGCGCACACCCCGAGGCGCGCCUGCAGCCUCGCGACCCGAACGGCUGGGGCGCCACGCACUGCUGCAAGAGCCUCUUCCACUACCGUUGCCUGCACAUUUGGCUCAACGACGACAGCGAGGUCGAGACAAGCCGCGGCAUGGAUCCAAUCAACACGGCUUGCCCUGGCUGCCGAGGCUUCGUGUCGAAGUCGGCGUCGCGGAUGCUACAAUAG